AAAACCAAAAUCAUACCAAAAUAAACAGUAAUUUUCCGUUACGUUAUUCAUAAUCCAAUAUCCAAAGACCAAUAUUAUAACUCCCAAUCUAGUUAUUGUGUACAUUUCCUGAUAAGUAAGUACUAGGAGAGCAUGGCUGAUGAGGAGGAUGACGAAGACCUGGGGUUCGGCGGCCUGUACCAGGACGGACACUGGGAGUGGGACGAACGAGAGAAUGAGAUCGUUUUCAUCAGUGACCUCCCGCCGGCGCUGGUGGAGGUAGUGAGGGUGCCGGUGAAGCCUCCGACAGGCACCAUCGAGUUCAGAGACGACGUCGAUGUGCUGGAGCAGAUACGUUUCAGACGCCGGUAUCAAAGAAAACUGAAGCCAGGGCAGCCCGAUAUCAUUACCUUACAGGAUAUAAAAGACAUAGCGUUGUUCACGGCGCCGCUCUCCAUCCUGAACCCGCAGCUCAUCGACAUCCUGCACACGGCGACCUGCGAGCGCUUCCUGCGCGCGCUCCUGCUGUACUGCCAGUACUACUUGCAGAUAGCGGAAGUGAUGUCGCAACGCGUGCUAGAGCUGGAGACCAAGGUUCGAACGCCGGAGUGUGACGUCAUCGAGCGCCAGUACCGCGACAACCUCGCCGAUCUCAAGCUGGUCGUUGCCAAGGAGUACUCCACGGGAAUUAUUGGUGGUGAUGAUACGACGAUGUUCCACCACAUGGGUCCAGAGAAGAAGAGGCGAUCACUGUCAGACAAAGAUGCACGACUUUGCGAGACCCUACUCCGGAUCUGCGUACACAUAAUCUGGCUGGCGUUAGGGAGAAAGAGUUUUAAUCAAAUUGAGCUCGAGCUCCACCGGUUGUUCAAGUCCGAAACAUUCAACUGCGUAGAACACGCGAUCAACUCCGGCUACCUGGCUAAGAUGACCAGAGAGGAACGGCGCGUGCUGAUUGGUCAAUGCGUGAGGAAGGACAAGAAGCUGCAUAUAUGCUCCCCGCUGAUCAAUGAGGUGUUCUGUGAUAGGAGGAUCGAUUACAGACUACUGGGGCUCGGGGUUAUUGAGUAUCCUGAACUGCCGGCUCGUCUCCAGUACAUCUACCAGGCGGUGGCCGGGCCGGAGAGCGACAUCAGGGAGAGCGGCGUGUCGCUCGGCAUCGUGGGACACCCCCGGGCCAACUUCGACACCAUGCUGCACCCCCUGGUGGUGCCCGCGGCUAAGAGCAAGUCUAGAGUGAUGAGCCAGAGUCUACAGUCCAACUUGGACCAGUCCAAGAUCUCCACGAAGAGUUCCACCACGACCGGCAGUACCAAGAAAAUAUACGAGGACAUCAUCUUACCGCACGUGGAGGAUGAAGAGCCCGAGUUCCCUCCAGAGUUCCCCCACACCCCGCUGCCGCCGCGCCGCUGCAGCGAGACCCAGCGGCGCCGCUGGCAGCGCCGGCUGCGGCGGCUCCUGCGGGCCGGGGCGCCGCGCACACACUCACACGUCACCAAGUAACCUCAGG